AUGGAAUCCACCUUGAAGCCAUUGAGUCCUUCCGACUUUCAAAUCUACAAUCGUCUAUCCGACAUGAUGAACACCUUUCAUAAUCACUUUCGGCGAACAUGGAAGCGUCUGCAAGAUUCCUGCAACACCCCUGUCGAUGGCCCGCCAAAAAUGACCAGCGAACAGAUCGUCAGGGAAGGGCUGUUUUUUUGUUAUCGCCUGACGAAUCACCACAACAUUGAAGAGACCAUCUUUUUCCCGCUAUUGGCACGCAAGAUGCCCGAGUUCAGGGGCGAGGAUGCAGUGGUGUUGGAGCAACAUCGCCAGAUACAUGAAGGCCUCGAGAAUUUGCAAGAAUACUUGGAAAUGUGCCGCUCUCGUAAAGCCACGCUUGACCUCGCCACUUUAAAGAGUAAGAUGGACCCCUGGAGCGAUGUUCUUUUACUGCAUUUGGACCAGGAGGUUGAGAUGCUUGGCGCUGAGAAUAUGCGGAAAUACUGGACGCGGGAAGAACUACAAGAAAUGCCAAUUUGA